UAUAACCACUUAUCGUUUUGGUUUUUUUUUUUUUUAGUGAAAUGCACUCAUUACCUGCCAUUCAGUAGCGAAUAAAUUGAUUGUCUUUAUUAAUGUAUUUCGUUGGACGUUUUGCAUUCGGUUUUACGUCCAUGCUUCAAAAUUAAAAAAGGUUGUUUCUGUACAAUAUUUAUCAACAUCGGUAAAAUGUUUAAUAUUGGCGAACGGGGUUCCGGUGUUCGACAAAGACCAGUUGAAUUUGUUCAAAAUUUUGAUGAGCUYCGACUCCAAUGCYUAAAACAAAAAAUACUAUUCAAAGAUCCAGAAUUUGAUACAUACGAUUUAUCUGUACAAAAUCUUCAAAAAAAUCAGCUUGAGUGGCGAAGACCAAAGGAAAUUACAAAUGAUCCCAAAUUUUUCGUGCAAGGGGCUUCAAGAUUUGAUGUAAGGCAAGGACGUUUAGGUGAUUGUUGGUUAGUAUCUGCCAUAGCAAAUUUGACUUUGGAUGACAAACUUUUUUACAAAGUAGUGCCUUUUGAUCAAGGAUUCCAUAUUAAUUACGCUGGAAUAUUCCAUUUUAAAUUUUGGCAGUAUGGCAAAUGGGUUGACGUGGUUGUCGACGAUCGUCUACCGACUCAUAAAGGAGAGUUAUUAUUUGUUAAAUCAUCAACCAAAAAUGAAUUCUGGAGUGCUCUGUUGGAGAAAGCUUAUGCCAAAAUCAACGGUUCAUACGAAGCUUUGAAAGGAGGUUUCACAAUGGAGGCUAUGGGAGAUUUUACUGGAGGUGUAUCAGAAAUAUAUGAAUUAGAUAAAAUACCAAAUGAUUUUUUCAUGAUUAUGCUAAAAUCUUUUCAACGUCAAUCGCUCAUGUGUGGCGAUAUAUUWAAUUUGAAAAUGCCUGAUACAAAAGACAAAGGAUUAUGCACAGGUCAUGCAUACAGUAUUACCAAGAUAACUUAUAUACCACUGCCCAAGAGUAAUAGUAUAAUACCUCUGAUUAGACUUCGAAAUCCUUGGGGCAAUGAUUAUGAAUGGAAUGGUCGUUGGAGUGAUAAGUCAGAUGAGUGGUCAUCUAUACCUCAACAAUUAAUACAGUUAAUAGGACUUACAAAUGAAGAUGAUGGAGAGUUUUGGAUGUCAUACGAAGAUUUUCUUAAAUAUUUCACUGCAUUGGAAAUUUGUCAUUUGGCUCCUGACUAUUUAGACAGGGAACAAUAUGGGACAGACGCAGGAGAAAAAUGGGAUUUGAGUAUAUUUGAAGGCGAAUGGGUCCGAGGUGCAACAGCUGGUGGAUGUGAUAAAUUUCAAGGUAGAAAAUAUAUGAUAGAUACUGGGAAUACAAAAUUUUCAAAUGACGUAUGUCGUUGCUUGAUUGCUAUGAUGGAUUGGGAUAGAUCAGGUAAACUUGGAUUUAAAGAAUUCCAAAGAUUAUGGGUUGACAUUAGGCAAUGGCAAGUUGUUUUUAAAACAUACGAUAAAAAAAACAAAGGUUAUAUCAAAGGAUUUGAACUUAGACCAGCAUUAAGUUUGGUAGGUUACCAUAUUAAAACACGAACCAUAAACACGAUGUGUCAUCGGUAUGCGAACAAAAAAGGAUACAUAAUGUUCGACGAUUUCAUCAUGUGUGCCAUAAGACUUAAAACCACAAUAGGCAAAGCAUUUUUGGAAGAUAAUAAUAUAGYAAUUGAUUAUGCAAAAAAUGAGAUAACGUCGACAAUUACUGAAGAAAAUUUUACAGUAGUAAAUCAAGACAAUCCGCAUACAGAUAAUUUGGACAAUACAAUAGUACCACUGAGAUCGGAAAUGAUAAUUUCAGUAAAAAUCACAGACAAUCAAGUAAAGGAAAAGUAUACAGUGAUUAUUUAUUCACAAGUAUUGCAAAAUCGAGUUCAAUKUGAAGGUGAAAAAUUAGAGAAAACAUCAGAAAUACAGCAUCGAAUUAGAACAACACCCGAUAUUCAACCGAUUUAUAUUAAACCAUAUAGGUUACCACAAAAUCACAAGAAAGAGAUAUCAACGCAGGUAGAUCAAAUGGAAAAAGAUAGAAUCAUUACAAAGAGUACUUCACCUUGGAAUACCCCGUUUAUUAGUAAUACCAAAGAAGAUCAACUAGGAAAUUCUAAAUACUAUACGACCUUGGAUCUAGCGARCGGAUACGAACAGGUAUYGAUACAUGCAGAUGAUAGAGSUAAGACAUCAUUUUCGACAGAUAAAGGACAUUAUGAGUUUCUUAAAAUGCCUUUYGGAUUAAAAGGAGCGCCGACACUGUGGGCCGCGGUGGCUUGCGUCACGGUGCCCAAGGCCUCGUCGUCUCCGGCCACCGGUGACAUGAGUCUGUUGACCAUGCAGCGCAUAAAGUCUUACGUGGACGACACGUGCACGUUGGACCCGCACUGCCAAUGGACGUGGGACCCUCUGCCGAAUGGGCUGCAGAAUGUGUCCGUGGAUGAAGCAGCGUCUGCGAUGCCGAAUGACUACUUGUUUCCGCCCGGCGACGACGCUGAGAAACCAGGACAAAGAG